AUGAAGGUAGUCAAAAAAUAAAAUGCACAUCCUAAAACACCUAUUUUAUGUUUAAAUACUACUAAAGAUAGUACUAUGUUUGCUUCAGGAGGAAUGGAUGGUAAAGUAAUAAUAUGGGAAUUAGGAAGUUCAGAAUAUAAUUAUAUACUUGAGAAAUUUUAUGAAUAUUAUAUCAAUCCAUAAAAUAUCGAUAGAGAUCCUGCAGAAAACUGUAUUUAAUCUGUAUGUAUAGGUUCUAAAUAUAUACUCACUGGUACAAAAAGUGGAGAUAUUUACGAAUUAAUAAGACCUCAUGAAAACGAGAUUAAAUAAUUUACUAGAGGAAAUAAUUCAUUAGUUAAGUUGCGUUCAAUUUGUCAUGAUUAAGAAAUAGUUAAAUCUAUAUAAUUUAACGGUACAAGUGAUAAUUUAUAUUCAAUAACUGAAAGCGGGUUAUUAUGUGUUUGGUAAUUUAAAAAAUAAAAAGAAUAUAUUCAAAACAUUUCCAUUUAUAUUAAAAUCUCAUUUAAUGAAGAAAUAUUAGCUGUAGCACUUGAUCCAAAUGAAUAAAAAAAUGCUUAAAUUGAAAUUUAUAAACUUGAUCCAUCUACAACUAAAAUAUAUGAAUAAUUUAAAGUAGUAAAUACAUUGUCCACUUCUUUAGAAUUUAUAGAUUUUUCAACUGAUAAUUUUUUUUUGUUAUAUAAAGAUAAUUUCGAAGAUGUUGAAAUUAUAGACUUUAAAAACCAAGACUUUAAAAAGAUAACAAAAGACUAAGUUGAAUUCGAAAUGGAAUGGUGUACAGAUGGUAUAAAAGUUUCAUCUAAUAUAAAAGGGGUUUACACUUAUUAUUCUGAUGAAAAUAAAAUACUCAAAAUAUAAAGACUUGGUGAUAAAUAAAUAGCAGUAACAGAUGAAAUGGGCUCUAUAAGAAUUUAUAACUACCCAUGUGAUAGUUCUGGUAACGGGUACUUUAAUUUAUAUACAGAUCAUCUAAAUUACAUUAAUUAAUGUGUUAUGAGCCCUGAUAAAAACUACUUAGUGACUAGUUCUUAAAAAGAUAGAUGUAUUUUAAUUUGGAAAGUUUUAAAUAAUGGAGAAUAAGAAGAAGAUUCAUAAAUGUAAAAUUAAAAAGAAAGUGUUUUAAAUAAUAAUAAUAUAUAAAAUAAUUGA